GGAGAGUAAGAGAGAGAGGCAGCACCCAUGAGAGGGAAACAAGAGUCAGCCGCGCUCGGAGGACAGAGGAGAAAAAAAGCAUCAGACAAACGAACAAAGAAAAACAUGGGUGUACCGGAAAAUGGUCUGUUAAAACAGGCACCUGUACCGGAGAGGAUGCUUAGGUCUUCCUGCACAUGGUAGGGGGUGAGUAACGGACUUCCCCCCCGGUUUUAAUGUGGCGGGUGGGGACGCACAAGCUAAAAAGGCGGAAAGCUCUCUGUAAUCCGUCUGCGGAUCCUGCCUACUUGCAAUGGCUGUGGCUGCGCGAUGCUGUUACAGCAUAAAGGAAUAUGUGCCUUUUUAUUUUUGUUUAGUGAUUUUUGUACUCAGUGGCCUUACAAAUGCACAAAUACGUUACACCAUUCCCGAGGAGCUGGAGAACGGGGCUGUGGUCGGUGACAUUGUUCGGGAUUUGGGUUUGGACCUGCGAAAGCUCUCUGCCCGUCGCAUCAGAAUCACCUCGGACAGUGCACGGAGAUAUUUCAACAUAAAUCAUAAAACAGGAAAGCUAUCGGUGAGUGACCGCAUAGACCGCGAGACGCUCUGUGAAUUCAGUGGCACAUGUUUCCUCAAUCUCGAGGUGGUUGUUGAGAACCCGCUCGAGGCGCACAACGUGGAGGUGGAGAUUUUGGAUGCCAAUGAUAAUGUGCCACAGUUCCCCCGGGAUGAAUACCAGCUGGAGAUACCAGAGUCCGCGGUAACUGGGUCCCGGUUCCCCAUUGAGGGCGCACAGGAUGCGGACGACGGCUCCAACUCAGUUCGGCUCUACAGACUCAGCCCAAACGAACAUCUCGCGCUGGAUUCCAAUAAGCCCACGGCCAAUAGCAAGCACAUUGAGCUCGUUCUCAAAAAGCCUUUCGACCGUGAGCAGACGCCGUCUCAUCAGUUAAUAUUGACAGCUGUGGACGGAGGCACCCCUCCACGCACUGGCACUGCUAAAAUCAAUGUGCUUGUCCAGGAUUCCAACGACAACGUUCCCAGGUUCGACAGCUCUGUCUAUAAAGUGAAACUGUCGGAGAACUCGCCCAAAGGCGCCCUGGUGAUAAAGCUAAAUGCAACAGAUCCAGAUGAGGGCUCAAAUGCGGAAGUUUCCUAUUCUUUCAGUAGCUACACCCCAGAGAGAGUCAGACAUAUUUUCUCAAUGGACACAGAUACAGGAGAAAUUCGUGUGAAGAACAACAUUGAUUAUGAAGAGACCAACUCCUAUGAAAUGUACAUACAGGCUAUGGACAGGGGCCCAUCUCCAGUGGCAGUUCCCUGUAAAGUAGUGGUGGAAGUCCUAGACGUGAAUGACAAUAUCCCUGAGAUUGUUCUGUCAUCCCUCUCAAGUCCAGUUCGAGAGGACGCACGGGCCGAUACCGUGGUUGCACUUAUCAGUGUCAACGACCGCGACUCCGGCCAGAACAAACAGGUGACACUGGAGAUCCUGCCCAACCUGCCCUUCAAGAUCAAGUCCUUCCGAAACCAUUACACCAUUGUCACUUCAGCCUUCUUAGACAGAGAGACCAUCUCCUCCUACAACGUAACGGUCAUCGCGGUUGACGGUGGCACACCGGCCCUGUCAUCCCACAUGACCUUCAAAGUGGACGUUGCCGACGUGAACGACAACCCGCCGCGCUUCGAGCAGACGUCCUACACGGUGUACGUGACGGAGAACAACGCCCCGGGGGCCUCGCUGUGCGUCGUGAAGGCCUUAGACGCCGACGCCGGCGAGAACGCCCGCAUCACUUACACGGUCCUCAACGACAACAACCACGGCAUCCCCGUGGCCAGCUACGUCAGCGUAAAGCCAAACACGGGCGAAGCCUACGCCCUGCGAGCAUUCGACUUUGAGAAGCUCAGAGAGUUCCACUUCCAGGUGAAAGCCCAGGAUAACGGCGUGCCACCGCUCAGCCGCGUGGCUACCGUCUAUGUUUACAUCAUGGACCAGAACGACCACAUGCCCAGGAUUGUGCACCCGCCGGCGAACGGCACACGCACCACGGAGACGCUGAUGAAGAACGCAGAGGCCGGGGUGCUGGUCACCAAGGUGCUGGCGUGGGAUGGAGACGCGGGCCAAAACGCCUGGCUGGUUUACGCCCUAGAGCAGACCACCGCGGACUUGGACCUGUUCAAAGUACACGAGCACACGGGUGAAAUCCGCACCACUCGCCGUGUCAUCGAGGACAACUCUACCUCCUUCCUGCUGACGGUGCUGGUGAGCGACCAUGGCCUGCCACCCCUCUCCUCAACCGCCACCAUCACCGUGGCUGUCAUGGAGCUGCCGCCUAAGCUGACCCCUGACCCUAAGCGCAUCAUCCGGCCACAAAGUCCACUUAUGUUCUCGAACGUCACUCUCUACCUCAUCAUCGCUCUCAGUGCCACCACCUUCGUGUUCCUGGUCACGGUGGUUGUGCUCGCCAUUGUCCGCUGCCAUGCCUACUGCACCCAGCCUGGCUCCUGCUCCCCUUGUUGCGUCUCCCAGAAGAGCAUGCCAGAGGGGGGCACCACAGCCAUGGGAGGUGGGGGUGGAGGAGGUGGAGGGGGUGGAGGAGGAGGUGGAGGCGGUGGGGGUGGUGGAGGUGGAGGGGUACCCAAUAACAAUGUUGCGGUGCGCCGGGACCUCAAAGUAGAGCCUCAUUACAUAGAGGUGCGAGGAAACGGGUCGUUGACCAAAACGUACUGCUAUAAGACGUGUCUGACGGCCACCUCCGGGAGCGACACCUUCAUGUUCUACAAUACAGGCCGGCCUCACAGCGGCACCUGGGGCUCUGGAUACGUCACCAGCCAGAGCGGCCAGAGCCAGAUGUUUGUACGGCGACUCAGUAUGCCAGAUGCCACCUCUGCUAUUCAGCCCAAGGCACCUAAUGCAGACUGGCGAUACUCGGCCUCCUUACGAGCUGGGAUGCAGAGAGAGCACAUGACGUGGCCUGGAGUGGUUGUGGGGGCGGGACUGGUGGAGGCGGUGGUGGGGGGUGGUGUAGGGGUUGACUUAUGGUCAGUCAUAGACAGAGAGGCAACUACCCAGUCAGGUGUGAACGGAGACUACAGUGAUGAUGGUGAGGGUGGGGAGCUGUCUACCCCUAUGGGAGCUGGUGUGGACAGCAACAGCUGGCACUACCGCUAUGGCCCCGGGGGCCCGGGCGGGCCCCCCCAGCACCUGAAGCCUGGCGAGGUACCCCCAGAAGCCUUCAUCAUCCCUGGUUCACCCGCCAUCAUUUCCAUUCGACAGAACCAGGGCGGCGAGGACGACAAGAGCGACUUCAUCACAUUCGGCAAGAAGGAGGAGGCCAAGAAGAAGAAGAAGAAGAAGAAGGAGAAGAAGGAGAAGAAGGAUAAGGGGAAGGAUGACGGCGAUGAUUAGAGAGAGAGAGGAAGAAGAUGAGGUAGAGGUGGCAAUAGCACUGUUAAAACAGAGGUACCAACCAAGACCCACAAAGAAACAAAAUAAACGUAAAAUGUGAUUCACAACAUAUUCAGUGUCAUCCUCCCCUUAGUCACAGACAAGCAAAGUGAUGCUGACAGCCACAGCUACCCGUCCAUUUAACAUAGAUUCUGUUGGCCUAAUAUCUGACUUUAUGAAUGAAUCUGGCCUUACCAAGAUUAUUUUAGUGUUAACAUAUUCUCCAGUCCCUUACUGAGGUAAUUGAUUAAUCUUGCCUUGUUGAGAAUAAACGGAUUGAUCUAAAACCCAAAUGGGGAACGUUGGCACCUCUGUCUUAAGCUAACCCACCUUGCUGUGUAACCUUAUUCUCUCUGAGAGGAAAAGAAAACCUGAAAACAAGAACAAAUGAACAGCUUCUGUGCCAGCCUUGGAAAACAAGACGAGAUAAAAGGAAAAUGUUACGGGGAAAAAAAAUGCUGAAGAAGAAAAGAAAGUGUCCUCUACUAUAAGACACAGGAGGGAAGAGCUGGACACUUACACACCUGUAAAUAGCAUGGGAGUCGCUAAAAGCUCAAGGCUAACGACACACUGCUGCAGCCUGCGGAAGUGGUUUCUGUCAGUGUUCCCUAAGACGUGGCGGUCUCAGACACCAACACACACCGACACCCACGCAAACACACACACACAGCCACCCAGACAAUGAGACCACUUGCGACCUAAAAGGCAAGACAUUACAAGAAACGGAGACGAAAAAAAACAGUGUUGCUGAUAUAGAGAAAGCAAGCUUGCUUUCCCUGGCACAGUCUCCCAGGUUGUACACCGUAUCAAUCUUAGCGUACACACACCUGCUCUCUCAGGAUGGAAAUAUCAUCACUGGGUAUCGCCUGCUCUGCUCACCACUCUGCAUAGGAACUAGACGUACCACCUCUGUCGAACACGUAGAGACACAGGUGGUACACUUGUAUAGGACAAGGAGGAAAAGAACAAAGAAGGGAAAGGAAGGAGGACAACCUCAGAUUCUCUUGGAGUGAGAAGGACGAGCCCAGUCAGGUCAGCAGGUGAUACAGAGGGAACCCUGUAGAUAACCAGGAACAUCUCCAGCAGUUGGAUCUCUGCUCCUAAACUUCCCAUCCCUCGCGCCACUCAGCAAAAGCCCUGAUGCUUUUUGCUCUGAAUGUUUGGUAGCAACCACUCCUUACCUGAAGAUUCUUGACCCCCCUCCAUCCCAUCCCCCGUCUCCACUCCGCUAAAAGCUGACCCUUCCCCAGUUAACCUCACCCCUCCUCCCCCUUCUUCAAACCACUGACUGCUUCUUCACAUGAUGACAAAGGUGACAUUUGUGAAACUUUCUCUUUUUAUUAUGUUCUCGGAGAAGAGUCACUAUUUCCUACUCUCUUUCUCUCCCGUUUCUGUUGCUUCCCUUUUUCCAGCUUUAACUGAUGUGCCGGGUUUCUGCUUGUCAAUCCACCUUCCCCCCUCUUCCCAGCUGCAGUCGCUCUCUUUUUUUGACUGUGGAAUCCCCCCACUCUCUCGCUCCCUCCCCGCACCUGACCACUCCCUGCUCUGCCAGGUUCGGCCCUCUCUGAACAUUGUGGUGUGCUGGCAACAGCAUGGAGUAAUGUGGACUAAGGCCGGUUGACAAAACCCAACCGCUUGGACGUGGGGAGGAGCAAGAUGUGUUCAGUCUGUGAAAUGUGUCAGAUUGUCUCUUUAAGUGCAAAACGGUUCAGUGCUUUUAACUUGUGAAUAUUACAGUACACUGUUUGUUCAUUUCCUAUUUGUGGUCACUGAUGAGAGUGGACAAGGUGGGAUGGAGACUGGGAGAGGGGUGGCGAGGUCUGGGGCUGGGCUAUGACACAAGGCAGCGUGGACUGGUCCUUCCCUCCACACACCAGGGUCUGCAGAUUAGUAUAAAUUGUUAAAUAUUGACUGUGAUUGGAGAAUCAAAAGAGGAAGUCACAUGAUUUGGCUUUUAUGUACGCAAAAAUUGUAGUUAGGUAGGUAUACGUGCUUUUCAUAUAUGACCUCUGCAUUAGUCAAUUUAUCUUGCAGUAUUGUUAUAUCAAAUGACUAGAGAAAAAAACAUUAGGCAUCCAGGGACUCCCACCCCACAGCUCUCUCCCACCAAUCCUCUUCUCAGGAGGUUUUGUAAAGGGGCGGAGACAUCCCUCAGCCCUGCUUCUAUUGGUUUCCCUUCCCUGCCUGUAACUUGUUGCCAUGUUCCCAAAAGUUUUUUUGCGGCUCAGUAUGACGUCACUCCACUAAGUGGCUGCUGCAUGUACUGCUCAAAGGAAACACAAACUAUAUAAAGAAAUAUAUAUAUAAAUAGAUAGAUGGCUAUGAUUUUAUUCUUUUGUAUUCUCAUCUUACUACAUGACUCGCACAGGAGAUAUUUGUAUGUACUACUGUCUCUGCCAAGCAUCUUCUACAUAUUACACCUUUCGCACUCCACCAACAAUGGUGUCGUAUGACGUAAACUAAACCUCUUAGAUAUUUGUAAAUGCUAGUGUGAUGCCCUUUGAACGCAACUCUGUUCAUUUAUUUCUUUUUUUCUGACUUGUUAUUUUGUUUUUGAGAACAAGCAAUGAAAAAAAGAACAAAAAAAGAGCAAAAAAACACUUUUUGUGUCCGGCUUUGACUGACGAUCUAGCUAACACUGUAAUAUUGUAACUGAAAUAUGUAUGAUCCUAUGAUGAGCUUUCUCUUCCCUUCCCCCAACCUUUCAACAGAAAAAAAGAACAAAAGUAAAAAAAAAAAAAAUCUAAUGUAAAAACUAAUGGUAUAUGUAGUGUAUGCUUGUGUUUAGUAAGCGUUCAUGCUGUCAUUCUUUCUCAGUGUAUGGUGGUGACCUAUGGUGGCGCUGUGCCGAUCUAAUAUCCCGAGGGUUGGCACAGAUCUGUUGUAAAACCUUUUUUGUACACCUGCUCAUCAACUGUGAUGGUGAAGUAGUGAAUUUCAUUUAUUUUUUUGCUUUUUUAAUUUUCCCUAAAUGGAUAAAGUGGUAAUGUGUUUUGUUUAUAAAUCACUAAAUAAAGUUUUCUUUCAUAAAAAUG